AUGGACAGCUUCUUCGCUCCUCCGGCAAAGAAAGAUGGCACGGCAGAGCCUGCGCUGAAGAAGCCCAAGCUGGCUGCCAGCGCAUCCUCCAGUUCGGUCACUUGCAGCCCUACCAAGGCUCUUUCUGGUGUCCAGACGCUCAAUUCUAUUCCCUUCUCCGUGUCUGCAUUUGUAGAUUCGUUGAACGACGAGCAGAAGAGGCUGCUCAAGCUCGAGAUUGAGUGCAUGAACAAGACUUGGCUCAAAAUCCUUCAAGAUGAAAUCAAGAAGCCAUACUUCAUUGCCCUGAAGCGCUACCUCUGGGAAGAGGGUGUCCACGGCCCCGACGACACCCCCACGCCCCUCAAAGUCUACCCACCUCCGCGCGACAUCUACUCCUGGUCCCACACACCCCUGGGGCGCGUCAAGGUCGUCAUUCUCGGCCAGGACCCCUACCACGGUCCCGGCCAGGCCCAUGGCCUCUGCUUCUCCGUGCGCAAGGGCGUCCGGACGCCACCAUCGCUCAGGAAUAUCUACACCGAACUCACCAACGAAUACGGCGAGGACAACUUCAAGGCGCCGAAGCACGGCUACCUCGGCGCGUGGGCCGACCAGGGCGUGCUCCUGCUCAAUGCCGCGCUCACGGUGCGCGCCGAGAAGGCAAACUCGCACGCGAAGCGCGGGUGGGAGACGUUUACGGAGAAGGUUAUUGAGGCGCCCUCUGGCGUCGGUCGCGGUGUUGUCUUCCUGGCUUGGGGUAGAGCGGCCGAAGGGCGGGUAGCGAAGCUGGAUAAGGUGCGUAUCUUUACGGUGUCUACGCUGAGGGCUCUCAGACACCCCUCCCCACUCGCCCAAUCGUCCGGUCCCGGCUUCGUCGGCAACGGCCACUUCAAGAAGGCCAAUGAGUGGCUGGAAGAGAGAUACGGGCCUGCGGGGACAGUGGACUGGUGUGCGGUUCAGAAUGAUUAG